UCCUUUGUCAAACUUUGGUGUACUUGGUCGUGGAAGUGGGGGAGGGAAGCUAUGCAUUCACCAUGAAUCACAACUCAUCAGAAGGAAAACUAGAGUUGGAAUGGGGAAACGAGAAACUGCAAAAGGCGCAGAAGCAGAUCGAAGAAAAUCCGUUCGACCUAGAGGCAUGGAGUCUCCUUAUCCGCGAAGCUCAGACCAAGUGGAUUGGAGAAAUGCGUCCUCUGUUUGAGAAACUAGUCACGACGUUUCCCAGUGCUGGAAGAUACUGGAAGAUUUAUAUAGAACAAGAGAUGAAGGCAAGAAAUUAUGAGAAAGUAGAAAAGCUAUUCCAAAGGUGUCUUAUGAAGGUCCUUAACAUAGAAUUAUGGAAGUUGUACCUGUCCUAUGUGAAAGAAACCAAAGAAACUCUCCCAACUUACAAAGAGAAGAUGGCACAAGCAUAUGAUUUUGCACUGGAAAAAAUAGGAAUGGAUAUACAGUCUUAUUCAAUAUGGAACGAUUAUGUGAAUUUCUUGAAGAGUGUUGAGGCUGUGGGGUCAUAUGCUGAAAAUCAGAAAAUCAGUGCUGUAAGAAAGGUUUAUCAGAGAGGGGUAAUAAAUCCUAUGGUGAAUAUUGAACAGUUGUGGAAGGACUAUAUUAACUUUGAACAAAACAUUAAUCCAAUCAUCGCAGAAAAGAUGUCUAUGGAACGUAGUCGUGACUAUAUGAAUGCUCGUCGUGUAGCGAAAGAAUUUGAAGCGGUGACAAGAGGUCUAAAUAGGAACAGCCCUAGCAUACCUCCAAUGGGCCAUCCAGAAGAGUUGAAGCAGGUUGACCUCUGGAAGAAGUACAUUGCAUGGGAAAAAUCAAACCCUUUGCGAACUGAGGACACUACUUUGAUUACAAGGCGUGUUAUGUUUGCUUUUGAACAAUGUCUUUUGUGUUUAGGACAUCAUCCUGAUAUCUGGUAUGAGGCCGCACAGUUUCUUGAGCAGAGCUCAAAGCUUCUAACAGAGAAAGGGGAUGUUACAGCAGCAAAACUGUUCAGUGAUGAAGCUGCAGCAGUAUAUGAGAGGGCAACAGCUUCUUUGUUGAAAAAGAACAUGUUACUCUAUUUUGCUUAUGCCGAUUUCGAAGAAGGAAGACUAAAAUAUGAGAAGGUGCAUCAAAUCUAUGGUCGUUUUCUUGAGAUUCCUGACAUUGAUCCAACACUGGCCUAUGUACAGUACAUGAAGUUUGCUCGACGUGCUGAAGGAAUAAAAUCUGCUCGCACAGUGUUCAAGAGAGCGAGGGAAGAUUCACGCUCUAGGUUCCACGUUUUUGUAGCUGCUGCAUUGAUGGAAUAUUAUUGCAGCAAGGACAAGAAUAUUGCUUUCAGAAUAUUUGAACUAGGCCUAAAGAAGUUUUCGGAUAACCCUGAUUAUAUACUGUGCUAUAUUGACUAUCUUUCCCACUUAAAUGAGGAUAACAACACAAGAGUUCUGUUUGAAAGAGUUUUGUCGUCUGGUAGCUUAGAGCCUGAAAAGUCUGUUGAAAUCUGGAAUCGUUUUCUUGAAUUUGAAUCAAAUAUUGGAGACCUCGCAAGUAUUGUUAAAGUUGAAAAGAGGCGAAGUGCUGUUCUCAGUCAGAUAAAAGAAUUUCAAGGAAAGGAAACAGCUCAGCUGGUGGAUAGAUACAAAUUCCUUGAUUUGUAUCCAUGUACUCCAGGUGAACUGAAAGCAAUAGGAUACAAUGAAGUUGCAAGCACAGCAUCGAGAGCGUUUCACCCUCUGGCCGCCUGCUCAGCUUUAGAUGAAGACGAAGCUGCCAAAGUUCCUCGGCCAGAUGUCUCACAGAUGAUACCUUACAAACCUAAAGCUAAUACCAUACCUGGUGAUCAUCCUGUACCUGGUGGUGUAUUCCCGAUCCCUCCAGCAGCUGCACAGCUGUGCACCUUACUUCCACCACCAGGGUGCUUUCGGGGACCAUUUGUUGCUGUUGAUUUGUUAUUGGAGGUCUUCAACAAGAUACAGCUGCCUGACAAUCCUCCCCCUCCUAUAGCAGAUAAUGGAUGUGAUACAAAACUUUUUGAUCUAGCAAAAUCGGUGCACUGGAUUGUUGAUGAGAACUCUGAGGGCUCAAUCUCCUUAGGUAACCUGUAUACCAACAAGAGACGCCGAAGGCUAGGAGCUGCUGGUGGAGAUGAUAGUGAGGACGAUGAUAUGACUGGUGCUCCACCAGUGAAUGAUAUAUAUCGUGCCCGCCAACAGAAACGUGUUAAAUGACAUCAGGCACCUUCGUAUUUAUUGGACAUUGACGAAUGAUCCAUGUGGAUACGAGCAAUGCGAAACAGUUCUGGUUCAACAGCACACCUGAUAAUGACUGUGCCAUUCAGAAAAUUUCAUACUGAACACAACUUUAUCAAGUAA